CGACUACCGCUUCUAAGCAGGCGCACGUUCUUAAGCCGCGGUGUCCAAACGGUGCUGCUAUCCAUUGGGGGCGACUCACCGGGGGAUAUGCAUUGCAAAUUUAUAGCAUUUAAAAGCCGCCUUACCUAUCCAUCGGCUACUCAGUCGAAGUUGGUGGAUCGAGUGGACGUGCCACGUGGCAGUUGGGUAGUUCGGUAGUGGUUCGGUGUAUUGUUCUUCUUCCUUUGGUUCGUUCCGCGUUCCAUCGCCAGUUGACCCGGACCCGGGCGUAGUGUUUUUGGAGUGCAGAACCGGAUAAGCAGCAAAGUGUCCACGAUGACGCUCGUGCUGGAGCGGAUGUACGACGUGUACCGGGAGUACAUGGUGGAGCGGCGGGAUAUGCGCAGCGCCCAUCUGCCGCUGGCCGGCAGCCCGUGGCCGCUGAUGCUGCUGCUCGCCACCUACCUGUACGGGGUGCUGCACGCGGGCCCUCGGUUCAUGGCCCAGCGGAAGGCGUACGAUCUGCGGAAGGUGAUCCGGGUGUACAACAUAGUGCAAGUGCUGAUUAACAGUGUCAUCUUUCUGUGGAUUGUCAUCAAGAUGUUUGUCGUGUACCGGGACUACAACUUCUCCUGCCAGGUGUGCAACUACACGUCCGACUACCGGGGGAUGGAGGAGAUGUACCUGAGCUACAGCUACUUCCUGCUGAAGGUGCUCGACCUGGCCGACACCGUGUUCUUCGUGCUGCGGAAGAAACAGUCGCACGUAUCGUUCCUGCACGUGUACCAUCACACCAUGAUGGUGAUCGGGUCGUACUUCGGCAUGCUGUACGUACCGGGCGGGCAUGCCAUUAUGCUCGGCAUCUGGAACACGCUCGUCCACGCGGUCAUGUAUCUGUACUACUUCGUCUCGUCGUACGGCUCGCAGUACAGCGGUUGGUGGAAGAAGCACCUCACGCGCAUGCAGCUGCUGCAGUUCGUUCACCUCGCGUUCCACUUCGGCAUACCGCUGUUCUUUAAUCGCGAGUGCAAGUUCCCGCGCUUCUGGAUGGGGGUCGGGUUCCUGCAGGCCCUCUUCAUCCUCGGCCUGUUUAUGGACUUUUACAUUAAGUCGUACGUCGUGAAGCGGAAAGAGCAGGCUGGUGCGAUAAAGCAGUGCUACAAAGUAUCGGGCACCGUGCGGUGUCAGUCUCACUUGCGUGCUGCCGCCGUGCGGAGAGUACCUGGCAGUUCCUUACUUCCCAUUCCCUACGCGAUACGGUUCACGAUGGCGUUGAUCAUACGCUCGAUCUACAGCGGGUACAGCUACCUCGUGGACAAAACAGAUGAGCGUGUGGUGGAACUGCCGCUGCUGCGCUCCGUCUGGACGGUUCCACUGAUAACGGGUGCGUACCUGUACUUUGUGCUCGAUCUCGGCCCCAAGCUGAUGGCCAACCGGAAGCCGUUCGAGAUGCGCCGCUUCCUUUGCGCCUACAAUCUGGCCCAGGUCGCUGCCAACGUGUGGACAUUCGCGAUGGGCGUAAGGUACCUGCGGACGUACAACUUCUCCUUCGUCUGUCAGCCGCUGCGCCUGGACCGUAGCGACCAAUCGAUGGACGAGAUGUAUCUGGCCUACGCGUACUUCCUGCUCAAGAUCCUCGAUCUGGCCGAUACCGUGUUUUUCGUGCUGCGCAAGAAACAAUCGCACGUGACGUUUCUGCACGUGUACCAUCACACGAUCAUGGCGCUGUCGGCUUCGCUGUUUUUGCGCUAUCUGUCCGGUGGGCACUGCUUUAUGCUCGGCAUGCUGAACACGUUCGUGCACGCGGUCAUGUACUUUUACUUCUUUCUCACGAUCUACCGGCCGGAAGCGGUGCGCGGUGCGAGCUGGAAGCGGUACGUUACGCUACUGCAGAUGGCGCAGUUUGCGUACAAUGUGGUUCACUUCUUCCGGCCGAUCGUGCUCGGUGUGGACUGUGGGUAUCCGCGGGCGGUCAUGUGGUUCGUGGGCAUGCAGAACAUCUUUAUGCUGCUGAUGUUUAGCGAUUUCUAUCGGCGGGCGUACCUGCGAACCCCGAAAGCAGCGGCACACGCAAACUGAGUCGGUGGAGCCGGUGGCGAAUAAAGUGUAACACUUAAAUUAAA